AUGAUUGAAGUUAAUACUUCUGAUUCUCAUUCCCCUGAGAAUCCAAAGGUAGAAGACCCUUCAACAUCCUCCAACCCGGUCAAGAAAGUGCAAAACAAGUUAAAGAGCCAUGUUCCUUGCUGCCAAUAUUGUCUUGAAAUUAUCUUCGUAAUUAUCUCCAUACUGACAUUGGCAGCUCUCGUACUUAUCAUCACAGCGGUGCUACAAUCAGUUAUAGUUGGAAUCGCGGUGAGGAAAACCAGUCGCGACAAUCGUAUCCUUGAGGAGUCAUUAAGAGAGUCAUUCGAUUUGGCCCGACAAGAAAAUCCUAGACAUGCACAAUUAUGGGCGGCGAUUCAACACGACAGCGUUGAAUCUCCCCGAUGUUGUCCCACCGAAUGUUCCCAUCUCCUGCUGUCCCACAUACGAUCCAUCGCGAUCCGACCUGGUGCAGGAGCGGGACAGGCAAACGUGCAAGAUGAACAGAGUUUAUUAUACUGA